UUCCCAGGUUCUUUCUUAGGAAACAUGUCCUGGGCCAUUAAGCUCUUUGUCCAGCCAGCAGCUCUCUAGGAUCAGCCACACUCCACUCCCCAGCCCCCUCUCCACCCUGUCAACAGCCUUGGCUGAGGCAGCCCUUUCAGGAGAGCUGGGCUUGGUGGGUGCACAGCAUUCUCGCUGCCGGAUGUUAAUCUUCCAAAGAAAGUCAAACAUUAGCCCAGGAAACAGCUUAUGCCUUAUAUAAGGCACCCCAGGGGAGACACAAACAGCUUGUUAGAGCCGAGCUGUCCUACCACAGCAACUGCCGGACCCUAGGACGGUGCACGGGCCACCACUGCAUCUACCUCCAACCCAACUGGAUCCAGCUCCAGCCACCAGUUUUGGUUCAUCUUGCCUGGUGCCAUGACCGUCUCCGAGAUUCUGGACCGUGUUGGAAGCAUGGGCCCUUUCCAGUACCUGCAUGUGACCUUGCUGGCCCUCCCAGUCCUUGGAAUAGCCAACCACAACUUGCUACAGAUCUUCACAGCCACCACCCCUGCCCACCACUGUCGCCCACCCCCCAACGCCUCUCUAGAGCCCUGGGUACUUCCCUUGGGCCCAAACGGGAAGCCUGAGAAGUGUCUCCGCUUUGUGCAUCAGCCAAACGCCAGCCUUCCCAAUGACACCCAGGGGGCCACCGAGCCAUGCUUGGAUGGCUGGAUCUACAACAGCACCAGAGACACCAUUGUGAUAGAGUGGGACUUGGUAUGCAGCUCCAACAAACUGAAGGAGAUGGCCCAGUCAAUCUUCAUGGCAGGCAUACUGGUUGGAGGACCUGUGUUUGGAGAACUGUCAGACAGGUUUGGCCGCAAGCCCAUCCUGACCUGGAGCUAUCUCAUGCUGGCAGCCAGUGGCUCCGGUGCUGCCUUCAGCCCCAGCCUCCCUGUCUAUAUGAUCUUCCGAUUCCUGUGUGGCUGCAGCAUCUCGGGCAUUUCUCUGAGCACCGUUAUCUUGAAUGUGGAAUGGGUACCCACCUCGAUGCGGGCCAUCUCAUCAACAACUAUUGGGUACUGCUACACCAUUGGUCAGUUCAUUCUACCCGGCCUGGCCUAUGCCAUUCCUCAGUGGCGCUGGCUACAGUUAACCACGUCUGUUCCCUUCUUCAUCUUCUCCUUGUUGACCUGGUGGGUACCAGAGUCCAUACGCUGGCUGGUUCUAUCUGGAAAAUUCUCAAAGGCCCUGAAGACACUCCAACGGGUGGCUACCUUCAAUGGCAAGAAAGAGGAAGGGAAAAAGCUCACCGUGGAGGAGCUGAAGUUCAACUUGCAGAAGGACAUCACCUCAGCCAAAGUCAAAUAUGGCUUAUCUGACUUGUUCCGGGUGUCCAUCCUGCGCCGUGUGACCUUCUGUCUCUCUCUGGCCUGGUUUUCUACUGGUUUUGCCUACUACAGUUUGGCUAUGGGAGUAGAAGAAUUUGGAGUCAACAUCUACAUACUGCAGAUCAUCUUUGGUGGAGUUGACAUUCCAGCCAAGUUCAUCACAAUCCUCUCCAUAAGUUAUCUGGGCCGGCGCAUCACUCAGGGCUUCCUCCUGCUCCUGGCAGGAGGGGCUAUCUUGGCCCUCAUCUUUGUGUCUUCAGAAAUGCAGCUCCUGAGGACAGCACUGGCUGUAUUUGGGAAGGGAUGCCUGUCUGGCUCCUUCAGCUGCCUCUUCCUCUACACGAGUGAACUCUACCCUACAGUCCUCAGGCAAACAGGUAUGGGUGUCAGUAACGUGUGGGCUCGAGUGGGAAGUAUGACAGCCCCACUGGUGAAAAUCACGGGUGAACUGCAGCCCUUCAUCCCUAAUGUCAUCUUUGGGACCAUGGCCCUACUGGGAGGCAGCGCUGCCUUCUUCCUGCUUGAGACCCUCAACCGGCCCUUACCAGAGACUAUCGAGGACAUACAAGACUGGCACCAACAAACCAAGAAAACAAAGCAGGAGCCAGAGGCAGAAAAGGCGUCCCAGACAAUCCCGCUGAAGACUGGUGGAUAGGACGCCAGCUAAAAACAACACAAUCCUCUUUCCUGCCUUCCAGAGACUGAUCCCAAGCAGGACCCUUCCAGGGCUCCUCAGGCACCUUGGGGGUUGGGGAGAGCCCUAGGUGGGCCCAUGCUCUUGGAACAAAAACUUUUGAGAGUUCAGUAAAGGUGUUCUACCCUCACCACCUCCACCAUAGCCCACAACCCAGACCUGGCCUGUUCACAGCUCUAGCCACACUCAUCCCUGCACUCAUCCUCUUGCAACCCAGGCCUUGCCAUUCUUCUAUCUACCCUCUCUGUAUUGGCCAUUUCCCCCAUUGUCCCUUGAGAUGCCCUAACAGUUCUAAUGGUUUCCUCUCACCGUCCCCAAACUCUCUCCUUGGUAGGAAAUUUCAAUAAACUACAAUGAAGAACCCA